AUGUUUUAUCAAGAUUUAAGUCCCUCAAAUGAUACUAUAGCCGCUAAUUCAAGAAAUGCAGCUGAAUCAUCUCUAUCAAAGCCAAUUCAAUUGACAGUUAAAGCUCAGAUUCUCUUAUCACCUACAGUUGGUCCGAAUUCUGGAUUAUGGUGAUGGUCUUCUUUAUUUAUGAUUGUUAUAGCUAUGGCCCUAAGUUAUUUUUUGCGUGAAAAGCUAAUCUCCAUAUGGCUGAUCUUCAGUAUAAAAAUCUACUUACUCACCCUCCCUCCGCGAGUGAACAAAAAAAUUUUGUUCGCUCACAGAUGGAUAGUUUUUUAUUUAAAAAAUUUUAUAGUAAUUUUUUCCCGAAAUUCGGAAUAAUUUUAAGCAAAUAGUAAUUUAAUUUGUAAAAGUUAUCUUUAAAUAGAAUUAGCUAUUUUAUAAAAAAUUUUAUAUUAAUUUUUUUUUUCACUCACAGAGGUGGGUUUUUACCCAAAAAAAUAGAGAUUUUUUUAUAUUUUUUUCACUCACAAACGGGGGAGGGGAUUUAGAUUAA